UCUAGACAGGGGCCCGUGUCCCCUCCCAAGGCCAGGGCUGGCAGGUGUGUGGCUGUUUCCCGAUGUCUGGAAGAGGCCUCGUGCUCUGCUGGGCCCCAUCCGUGGCUGGAAGCAAGAGCCCCAGCUGCCCCCAAGGCUGUGCAGUUCUCCUGCUGCAGCCUGUGCCCACAGCUGUGUCCCUGCCUGUGGCCACAGCUGUGUCCCUGCCUGUGGCCAGGCUCUUGGCUCUCUGGCUGCCAGCUGAGGGAGGCCCACACUGCCUCAGGGCUCCCUGCUCUGCUCCCUGGCCAUGGGCUGAGCAGAUUGCAGGGCUGGCUCUGCUUCUGGCAGCCAGCAGCUCUUUCCUGCUCCAGGUGAAUGGUUCAGGUCCCAUCCCGUGGGCACGGCGGUGCUGAUUCUGCUGCUCCUGGUGCUGGUGCUGGCUUUGGGGGCGGCCUUGGCUGUGCAGUCAGAGCUUCUCCUCUUCCCCCUGCAGCACCACAGGUUCCAGUCACACCUGCGACUCUGCUGUUGGUUCUGGGCUGUCCCCAUGAAUGGGUGGGCUACAAUGGGGUCUGCUACUACUUCUCACGGGAUUACAGCACGUGGGAGCAGGGUCAGGAACGGUGCUCCGAGCUCAAUGCCUCCCUGGCCAUUGCCAAGGAUGAGGAGGCCAUGGAUUUGCUCUGCCGCCUCUGUGGGAACGUCGAUUACUGGCUCGGGCUGCGCAGACGGGGCGAGCGCCUGCAGUGGCGGGACGGCAGCAGCUACAGCUCCCGGGUUCCUGUUUUUGGCAAUUCCGAGUGUGUGUACCUGGCUGAUGAGAGAUUGAGGAGUGACAACUGCUCCAACGAGCGGCCCUAUCUCUGCAGCAAGGCCCAAGCUCCCCUGUAACAGGGGCUGCACAAAGGACCUUCUCCACACUGGGCAGUGCCAGCUUCACCUCUGAGCCCAGCACAGCGCUGUCCUUCCUCAGCUGCGCCCUGUGCCUUGCACUUCCUCUCAGGGUCACCUCAGUGCCUCUCCAUCCCCAGUGCCAGCGCUGGGCUGGGGCUGCAAAGGAAAAGUCUCUGCAAUCCAUCCUGCCAUCGAUGCUGGCUGGAGUGAGUGCAUUGCCCUCAUGAUACAACAAGCUCCAAUGGGAAAUCCGAAUUGCCUGGGCCUCUUGGAAAUCAUGACAAAGUGGCCAGAAUGAGACACUUUUGGACUGUCUUUGGAAGAGGAAGAACCGCUGACACGUGCUGAGCAGGAAUCCCACUAUUGGCAUCAGGCACCUGUCUGUGAAGAAGGAUCUGCUGUCUGUCUGUCUGUCUGCCUGCCUGAGAAGGAUCUGACUGUCCUCCUGUGGGAGGAAUCCCAGGCUGGAGCAGGACAAGGGAUUUGUCUCUCCAAGGGAGAAGCAGUGACAUGACGUGACUGUAAUACCCAUCCCUCUGUGCCGCUGUGUGGGGAGGAGGAGGAGAGGGAACUGGGGAGAAAGUGAAGCCAGGAAGGAGAGAACAGUGUCAGGAAGGUGCAUUUUUAGGAUUUGGUGUACAUCUCAUUCUCUUGCUCUGAUUUGUAUGAUAAUAAAUUCAAUUAA